CCCACAGGUGGAGAAGGCCUUAUACUUCCCACGUGAUGAUGAAACCCUCAGAAUGGAGGAAACAAUUUUAUAGUAAGAGAAAAGGGUCCCCGAGAUGGGAAGAAAACCAAAUAUGGCAGCAGGCAAAUACAUGAUUAUGUUAUUGGUGAAGGUGUCACAACAUGCAAGAUGGGGGAGUUGAGAAGGGUCACAGAAGAAACUAGAAAUUUCCGCAUCCUGGAAGCAGGUCAUUUGUAAGGCAAUCAAGUUGUGCAGCUGGGCGUCUAAAAGACUGAGAGAAAAAAAAAAAAAGACAAAACUAGAAAGCCACAGAAACACGAGGUCAUGAUGGGGUUCCUAAGAGCCAGGGGUGGGAGAGGGGCUGGCUCUUACUUCCCGCAUCGCAGGGGGUGCCUCACCCCCCUGCGAUGGGAGUCCUAAGAGCCGGGCGGGGGGAGAGGGGCUGGCUCUUACUCCCCACAUCGCGGGUGGUGCCUCACCCCCCUGCACUAUUCACAAUAGCAAAGACUUGGAACCAACCCAAAUGUCCUUCAAUGAUAGACUGGAUUAAGAAAAUGUGGCACAUAUACACCGUGGAAUACUAUGCAGCCAUAAAAAAGGAUGAGUUCAUGUCCUUUGUAAGGACAUGGAUGAAGCUGGAAACCAUCAUUCUCAGCAAGCUAUCACAGGGACAAAAAAAGAAAACGCCUCAUGUUCUCCCUCAUAGGUGGGAAUUGAACAAUGAGAACACUUGGACACAGGAAGGGGAACAUCACAUACUGGGGCCUGUCAUGGGGUGGGGAGAGGGGAGAGGGAUAGGAUUAGGAUAUAUACCUAAUGUAAAUGACGAGUUAAUGGGUGCAGCACACCAACAUGGGACAUGCAUACAUAUGCAACAAACUUGCCCGUUGUGCACAUGUACCCUAGAACUUAAAGUAUAACAACGACAACAACAACAAAAAUAUAUAUAUAUAUUUAAAAUGAAGCCGGUUUGGUUUUAAAAGGCUCCUCAAUGACAAUUACUUAUAUAGCUGAAGAAAUGGGAGACAAAAGGAGGGCUUCUCUGCCUCCCCAGGGUCUUGGUUUGCCUGGAGGAUGGAAGGAAAAUAUAAGAAGCACUUGCAGAUAGCAUACAGUCUGGCUUUGAAUGAUCAGAUGUGAAUAUGUUUCUUGGGAUUUGAGGGAGGUUGGACAAGGGGUAGGUGUGGAAGUGCAGAGUGAGUUGGAGAAAGAAGUCUGGCAAAGAAGUUGUAAUGACUCAGGAAAGGGAAUAGGGUUGUCUCUUUCCCUAUGGGUAGAGGUAGAUAUUUUAGGAAAAAAGAGAGAGAGAGAAAAAGGAUAAAAUUUUGUUAUGAUCCCCCCAAAACUUGUUAUGUAAGAUAUAUAUCUACUGAUAGGACAUUUUGAAAAUUAGUAUCAGCUUUAUAUUUGGGCACAUGAUUUCACUGAGAUGGUUCUUUGGCAGAGCAGAUUAAAAUGAUGUUCCUGAAAUGAAACUAGAGUCUCCAAAAUAAUUGGCUCAUUUUAAGCAAAAUAUUAUUGAUGAUCAACAGUGACUGGCACAUAAUAAUUGUUUAAAUAUUUGUUGGCUAAGUCAGGGAAUGAAUGAUAUGCUUUGGCAAUUACUGACAGUAUAUAAAGGUCUCAGGGAAGUAGAAGACGUCCACACCUCAGAAGCAUCUUCUUGAAACCCAUCUCAAGUCUCUCCUCUUGACAACAUGUGUUGCAACUACUACGGCAACUCCUGUGGCUAUGGCUGCAGCUAUGGCUGUGGCUAUGGCUCUGGUUAUGGCUGUGGCUAUGGCUCCAGCUAUGGCUGUGGCUAUGGCACUGGCUACAGCUGUGGCUAUGGCUCUGGCUCUGGCUGUGGCUAUGGAACUGGCUACGGCUGUGGGUAUGGCUGUGGUUAUGGAACUGGCUAUGGCUGUGGAUGUGGCUCUGGCUCUGGCUACUGUGGCUACCGGCCAUUUUGCUUUAGAAGAUGCUGUUCUUCCUGCUAAAACAUCACUGUCAGAGGACCAUUUGCUUCUAAAAUGACACGUCUAAAGAUAAUACUGAUUCAAGUAUUCAUACUCCAAGAUUUCUAUACCCAAGGAUUACAUGCCUGACAGAGUCUUGGACCUCUAGCCUCACAUUUCUUUGAAUGAAAUCAUGGCCAUAGGAUCCACGGUGUCAUCUGACUGUUUUCCAAAUGUUAUCUUUUGCUCCCUUAAUCUCUGAUUCUCUGUUAUGACUGUGUUAAUGAUCAUAACAUCUACAAUUGGGGAAGUCAAUCAUUUGUAAUAAAAAUGGUUCUUUAUUCCAAAAAAAAAUGUUGUAGUAGAAAAGAGUCAAAAAGCUAAAAUAAAAUAUAGUUUAUAAAGCAAAAAAUUAUCAGUAAGCUAAGUUUAAUGUAUUAUUGAAGAAAUAAAAUGUAUUUUAUACAUUUA